AGUCUUGGCUCACAGUUUUGUUUUCAGUCUGCAGGCCGCGGCAUCGGCAACAAGCAUGGCUGUGCAGAGUAGGGCACUGGCAGCGGUACUCCUAGGUGCGGUGGCCCUGUGGGGUCGCCAAGCCUUUGUGGCCAUGGAGAAAGCCACGGUGGCUGUCGCGCCGAGCCUCCGCUCAUCUGCCUCCUCCUCUGCGCCUGAGCAGACAAACACCGGCUUUGCCUCAGCUGCAGCAGUUGCCGGCGUGUGCAUGGUUGCAGCUGCUGGGCUGCGGGCCCAGAGGCGCAUCUCCGGUGUCCCGCGGCAGUUCUUUGGUGGAGGACGAGAUCCCUCCCCCGAAGAUGUGACGACCAAGGUCUAUUUCGACAUUGUAAUUGGUGGUGAGCCUGCUGGCCGCAUUGUUUUCGGGCUGUACGGCAACGUUGUGCCGAAGACAACCGAGAACUUCCGUCAGCUUUGCCUGAAAGGUCCUGGCGAGGGAUAUGGAGGCUGCCCAUUCCACCGAGUUAUCCCUGGUUUCAUGUGCCAGGGCGGCGACUUCACGAACAUGAAUGGAACUGGUGGCCGAAGCAUCUAUGGCAACAAGUUCGAAGAUGAGAACUUCGAGCUGAACCACACAAAGCCAGGACUUCUCAGCAUGGCCAACGCUGGCCCCAACACCAACGGCUCUCAGUUCUUCAUUACCACGGCCCCCACCGACUGGCUCAAUGGCAAGCAUGUGGUGUUUGGAGAGGUGAUGGAAGGAUUGGAUGUGGUGAGAAAGAUGGAGUCCGUGGGUAGCCAGUCUGGGCGGACACGUGCACCAGUGGCCAUCGCUGAGUCGGGUGAACUCUGAAUUUUCAAGCCGGACUGACGGCUUUGGCAUGGAACCGCAUGAGUUGCUUUUGAAAUGCACUCAGCAAUCCGUAAACUCCUAGCUCGCUUGUGGACGCGCACGUUUGCGAGUGCAGAGGAUUAUCAGCUUCGUUAGAUUGCAAAAUAUGUUGGAAUGGAAACACAAAUC